UGCCGAUGGCCGCGCCGCAGCCUCGCCGGCACCACGCCGCCUUCCUCCGCCGCAGGCCGCCCACCCCCACCCCCGCCCCUGCCGCUGCCAAUGGGAAGGCCGCCGCGGCCGCCUCCACCAGCUCCAAGCCUGCCCAGGCGCCACCCCCGUCGCUGGAGGAGAGGACGGUGAAGCAGCUCCGGCUGACCAAGGCGCUGACUCUCCCGGAGGCCACCGCGGUGUCGGAGGCGUGCCGGAGGAUGGCCGCCAGGCGCGCCGACGCCGCGCUGCUCACCGACGCGCAAGGGGUGCUCUCCGGCAUCGUCACGGCCGAGGACAUAUCGGGUCGAGUGAUCGCCGAGGGUCUGAGGCCCGAGGAAACGAGCAUGGCCAAGGUGAUGACGCCGACUCCGGUUUUUGUCAUGUCCAACUCAUCCGCCACCGAGGCACUGCAGAAGAUGGUCCAAGGCAAAUUUAGGCAUCUUCCUGUAGUGGAACAUGGUACAGUCACUGCCAUGUUGGACAUUACCAAGUUCCUCUGGGGUGCAAUUUCAAGAAUGGAGCAGGCAGCAGAACACGGCAGUGCUAUAGCAGCUGCCAUGGAAGGUGUUGAACGGCAGUGGGGAAAUGAAUUUGCAGGUCCACACGCAUUCAUAGAAAAUCUUCGAGACCAGAUGUUCAAGCCUUCCCUGUCAACUAUCAUAACUGAAAAUAGCAGUGUUCCAGUGGUAUCUCCUUUCGAUCUAGUAACUGUGGCGGCCAAAAAGAUGCGAGAAUACCGAGUUAACUCAGUGGUUGUCAUGACAGGGAACAUAUUGCAAGGGAUCCUCACCUCCAUGGAUUUGGUCUUGCGAGUAGUGGCACAAAGUCUGUCCCCAGAGGUGACCCUUGUAGAAAAGGUUAUGACUGCAAGACCUGGUUGUGCCACACUGGACACAUCAAUCCUCGAGGCUCUACAGUCAAUGCAAGAUGGCAAAUUUCGCCAUAUUCCUGUUGCAAACAAAAGAGGACAGAUUGUGGCCUGUUUGGAUGCUCUACAGUUAACCCACGCAAGCAUCUCCAUGGUCGAGGGAGCCUCCGGACGAAACGAUGUGGCAAAUGCUAUGGUUCAGAAGUUUUGGGAUUCAGCUCUUGCAGUGCAUCCAGCAGAGGAAUAUGACGAGCAUAGUGAAGAAUCUCGUACGGCAGCGUCAGACAGUGCUGAAGGGAAGCAUACACCCCCUCAUGUUGGCAACGCAUUCUCUUUCAAAAUUGAAGACAGGAAAGGACGGAUGCACAGAUUCAGUUGCGUUUCAGAGAGCUUGGAUGAGCUUGUUUCUGCUGUUGCAUACAGAUUGGGAACGGAAAACGAGAAGGCGACUGUAAAUCUUCUGUACGAUGAUGAUGAAGGUGACAGGGUUCUUCUGGCUACCGAUGGUGACCUCAUUGCGGCAAUUGAGCAUGCCAGAUCAGCCAGAUGGAAGGUUCUGAGGCUGCACAUGGAGGACGGGUCCGAGACCGAGACCUGGCCGGUGUCCGUUUCCUCGUUGCCUGUAGAUACUCCGAUGCCCCGGAGAGGCUGGCCACCGUCCCUCGGGCUGGGAAUUGUGGCCAGCGCGGCUGCGGUCACCGGCGUCCUGGUAACUGCCUACUUGAGACGCUCCGAGCUGUGACAGUCUGACUUGAAACAUACUCCAUUCAACAUUGUAAAAUGCACUUACACAGGACUGAGAGGCUCACAGAGACACAGGUCACGCGAGCAACAAGCCAACAACACACUGAGAGCUUUUGUUUUUCUUCCGGGGUUUGCAUUCGUUGUAACUGGGUUCAGAGAGUGUGUUUUUCUUCUUGGGCGUUCUACUUGUGAGUUGUGACAACAGAGGUGUAUAUUCAGCCGUUCAAAUAUAAGAACCUUACGAAGAGAAAGAGAUAAUGAUGCACCAGCAGUAGUCUACGUAUAUAUCUAGGCACGAGCCAUGCAUGUAAUGUAAACACACAGAUGGCUGAUUGGUUGCUCCUCAACGGUUCAUAUUUCUGACUCGCAAAUUGCUGCCUGAAAGAAGACUUGUCCUAGGGAGAUGAUGAACAUGCCUAGCUAAUCUUCCAAGCAAGCAAGCAAGAAGCAAAGUUUGGAUGUGGGUUAAUUAGUCUUGGGUACAGAGGUAGCCAGAUGGCAUGAAGCAGAGAGCUACUCCCUCCAUCUAGUGUUAAAAACGUUUUUAUAUUAUGAGACGGAAGGAG